UAUGGAAGGGCUAUUAAAGCUGUCAACAAUUGUGAUUGUGUGUAUGUUGGUGUCCGCUCCAAUGUCGUCAGAGGCAGCAAUCUCGUGUGGUGCCGUGGCCAGCAACUUAGGCCAAUGCAUUAACUACCUAACCCGAGGCGGUUUCAUUCCUCGAGGAUGUUGUUCUGGUGUUCAGAGGCUACACAGCAUGGCUAGGACCACACGCGAUCGACAACAAGCUUGUCGUUGCAUCCAAGGAGCAGCUAGAGCAUUGGGUUCAAGACUUAACCCAGGCCGUGCUGCUCGUCUUCCUGGUGCUUGUCGUGUUAGGAUCUCUUACCCAAUCAGCGCAAGAACCAACUGCAACAACAUCAGGUGAACAUGAGAGGAUGUAGACGUUGCAGGGUUUUAAUUUUCAUAUAUAUAACCGUUGUGAGAUUAUACAAAUAAAAUAAUGUCACUAGUAUAUAAGUGUAACUUUUGAAUGUUAUGUGUUGUUUUCAGAAUUAGUGUUGUCAUGUCUUCGUUUAUAUUCGAUGUUCCAUUUAAUUGGUCUUCUCUGUUAUGUAUUCCUCUAGUGAUAAGAUGGAAUUACAAUAUGUAUUAUUUUCAUUUUCUAGCCACGUUCUGCUUUUAACACUUCUUGUAUUUUUUUUUUUUUUUUACAUUAUUUUGCACUAUUUAUAUGGAGUAUAAGACUUUCACUAGACCAAAUCA